CUACCAUGGUGAAAACUCGCUUGAAGCCCUUAAGCAAAGAUCCUCUAUACUAAACCGACUCUGCCUCAAGUAACACUCAAUCUGCCCCAUGCUUAGAUAAAGGACAACACUUUAUAUCGGAAACUGGGGUUCAUGUUUUUGUCUUCUGGUAUCACCGAGGGAAUAACGUGGUUGAAAAUCCCUCCUCCAGCCUGUUUUGCCGCCGUCGGGACUUUUUUGCAUAUACAUUGAAUGUAGCAGAAAAAGAUGUCUGCUCCCUGUAGAAGGAUGGCUCCUCGGUCUCUCUUCCAGUUGCUGUCUUUCAGUCGGACAGCGGGCGGGAGCUCGGCCUUUCGUCCGUUUUCCCGCAGCGCGUGUGUUCGUCGGGCGACUAUGCAGGCCAAAAGUGUGACGGAAAAGGCGAGUUCUCCGUGGACUUUGAUGGCAGCCGUGUGUCUGCAAAGACUCCCGGUCAUCUCCGCGGACUGCGGCCCGCUAGAGCGCCGCUUCACCGACCUCAUGCUCCAGCUUGAGUUGGAGAAAAGCUUGCUGUCGGACCACGAGCUGCGGCUGCUGGAGGACGCUGAGAGGAUGAGUCGGAAGCAGGCAGACGACUAUGAUUCGGAUGAAGAGGGCGAGCGUGGGGACCAGGAGAUCGUGUUGGCUCAGGACCUGGAAGACUCCUGGGAGCAGAAGCUGAAGAGCUUCCAGCCAGCGCUGAGGGUCACGGCUGAUGCAGAUAAGGACUUGACCUCGUUGGAGCGCUGCCUGGCCAACUCGCUGCUUCUCUUGGCCGAGCAGAAGGUCGGGGGUGAGAAGCUGUGGCUGCUGCCUCAGACUCCGUGGCAGGAAGGAGAAACGCUGCGGCAGACAGCCGAGAGAGCCCUCACUUCCCUGCCAGCAGCUGGUUUCAAGGCGACUUUCCUCGGCAACGCCCCCUGUGGAGUGUACAAGUACAAACUGCCCAAAGCUGCUCGGACGGAGAGCUCGGUCGGAACAAAGGUGUUCUUCUUCAAAGCCAUUCUGUCAGACAGCGGCCCCCCCGCAGCCCCAAACGCUCCUUUUCUGUGGGUGAAGAAGAAUGAACUGCAGCGCUACCUGAAACCAGCAUACAUGAUGAAGGUUGACCGCUUCAUCCUCGACCUGUGACGCCGACGUACAGAACAAUAUUUAUGAGGCCCAGAAAGUUACCGUUGUUGCUUAUCCUGUCGUCUUGUAUCCUAAAAUGUUCUUUCAUUCAAUAUGUGUUGUAUAAAUAAAUAGUUUUUUUUCCAUA